AGACGAAAGGGCGGAUUUUACGCAUGCGUAGAAGUGGGGCUCGUAGUAAAUUCAUUGAAAAUCAUAAUAAUCAGUAAUAUACUAGCGGGUCUUGGUCGAUAACGUAUUUUGACGACUGAACUCUGCGAACGUUCGUGUGCUUGCAAAAAUUAUAGCCGCGUGGACGCCUACACUAAAUUUAUAAAUAAAGUUUGAGUGCAGUGAGUUCUGAUAUAGUGAGAAUGACCAACGCUCCGGUCAAGAAGGUGCCCAUACAUUUACAGAGCUCUCAAAACCGGCUUCUGAUCAAGAAUGGCAGGAUCGUUAACGACGAUGGUAUCGAGGAGGCUGACGUCUACAUUGAAGACGGCAUCAUCAAGCAAGUUGGCCGCAACCUCAUCAUUCCUGGAGGCACACGGACCAUCGAUGCCGCUGGCAAACUGGUCAUGCCCGGGGGCAUCGACCCCCACACUCACUUCGAGCUGGAAAUGAUGGGCGCUAAAACUGCCGAUGACUUCUACAAGGGCACCCGGGCUGCGGUCGCUGGAGGGACAACAACCAUAAUUGACUUCGUUCUACCUGAAAAGGGGCAGUCGCUUCUAGAGGCCUAUGCGAAUUGGCGGGAAAAAGCCGAUAAUAAGGUGUGCUGCGACUACGGUCUCCACGUAGGAGUGACCUGGUGGUCGCCGGCCGUGCAGAAGGAGAUGAAACAGCUGGUCUCCGAGCAGUACGGCGUGAACUCCUUCAAGAUGUUCAUGGCGUACCGGAACACCUGGAUGCUCGACGACUACGACCUGUACUGCGCCAUCGAGACCUGUGCUGAACUCAAAGCCCUGCCCCAAGUCCACGCAGAGAACGGCCACAUCAUAGCUCGCAACACCGAGAAGCUCCUCGCGGCCGGAGUGACCAGGCCCGAGGGUCAUCAGCUCUCCAGAGACGAGGAAGUCGAAAGCGAGGCCGUGAACAGGGCAUGCGUCAUCGCCAAUCAGGCAAACAGCCCCCUGUAUAUCGUGCACAUGAUGUCGAAGAGCGCAGUCCGAGCUCUCCAACUGGCCCGCAACAAACAGAAACAGCCUGUAUACGGGGAAACUCUGGCCGCCACUGUCGGUACCGAUGGUACUCACUACCGGAACUCCUGUUUCCGUCACGCGGCCGCUCACGUGCUCUCUCCUCCACUGAGACCUGACCCGUCCACUCCUCAAGCCAUGGUGGAAGCGCUGGCCGAUGACCACUUACAGCUGAUCGGCAGCGACAACUGCACGUUCCACGAGAAAGACAAGGAAAUCGGCAAAGGGAACUUCUCCAAGAUUCCGAAUGGCGUUAAUGGAGUCGAAGACCGCAUGACCAUAUUGUGGCAGAAGGGAGUCAACACUGGAAUAAUGGACCCGUGCCGGUUCGUGGCGGUGACCAGCUCCAGCGCCGCUAAGAUCUUCAACCUGUGGCCGCAGAAGGGGCGCGUGGCGGUCAACAGCGACGCCGACAUCGUCGUCUGGGAUCCGCGCCUCGAGAAGACCAUAACCGCCGCCAGCCACAAGCAGGCGGUCGACUUCAACAUCUUCGAGGGUCAGCACGUGGUCGGCGGGCCGCAGUACGUCAUCGUGAACGGCAGGGUGUGCCUGGACGACGGCGAACUCAGAGUCGUUGAAGGUCUAGGCAAGUUCCUGAAGACCCCAAUAAACAGUCCGUACGUUUACGGGGAGCAGAAUCUAUCGCACGGCGACCACGACCUGCUCGAGCCGCUAAGCCGGGAUUCCCCCGAUAGGGUCAACGGUUCCUCCGUGCCAACCGACCUGGCCCUCGUGAACAAGCAUCUCGAAGGUCUGAGCGUGACGUCAUCCGGCUGUAGCACCCCGACCGGACGGAAAAUGAGGGACCCCAUGCAGAGGGACUUGCAAAACUCCACCUUCUCUAUCAGCAAAGAGACUGAAGGACUCGACACCAAGACUUCGGUUCGCGUCCGCAACCCGCCGGGCGGCAAGUCCUCCGGGCUCUGGUAGGAACCGGAUCAAACCGGACGGAACCGGAUCAAACCGGACCGGAGCCGCACUAGCUUCACGGCACGGGCGCGGUGUCAGUCUACUUGUGAAAAAAUCUUUAGUUCCACGAAAUAUUUAGUUACAUAUUUUAUGUAGCACGAACCGGCCUGACUAUGAAAUUCAACGUCGUUGAUCAGUUCGGUAAUAUUGUGUGCAGAAUACGGCAACACUAUUUGGUAAUAUUUUGUAUAGAAUCCAGCAACACCGUUUUAUUUGAAUUUUCGACUUCAGAACUAUCAGUUAUGUGUAAUGUUUUGCGAAUAUCUCUAUAACCUGGGUUACUGGUGGUAGGACCUCUUGUGAGUCCGCGCGGGUAGGUACCACCGCCCUGCCUAUUUCUGCCGUGAAGCAGUAAUGCGUUUCGGUUUGUAGGGCGGGGCAGCCGUUGUACUGUAAAAAGUGAGACCUUACAACUCAUGUCUCAAGGUGGGUGGUGGCAUUUACAUUGUAGAUGCCUAUGGGCCGGUAACCACUUAAGAUCAAGCGGUCCGUGAGCUCGUCCACCCCAUCCAAGCAUUAAAUAAAAAAAUAAAAAACCUCGGCGUUUUUAAUGUAAAAUUUCUUCACAUUUUUUAUUUUAUUUUAUUGAAACCUUUUUCACAAGUAGAGUUUGGCUUAGAGCUAGCGGGCAACAUCAACUUCAUUAGACUUUGUUUGUAAUCCAAAGCUUAUUAGUGUUAGAUUAAUUAGUACGUCAGAACUGUGUUUCGAAUGACACAUUAAUAUUACGUUCUCUUUAUGACUGAGAAAGCAGAAGGCUCUGUAGUUGUGGUCUUAUAUAUUUUCCCUAAAAAUUUGGGACUUUUUACCCUAAAUAAGUGAAUGUUUGAGAUGAUUUUGUUUAAUAUGAAUAUAAUCGUGAAUGUAGAAUUGAUAUUUUGCGGCGUGGAUAAAAUUCUAAUAGAUCACAACAAAAAUAUACUCGUUUAUAAAGUAUAAUAACGUUUUGAUUACUAGCAACACUGAUUACGUAGUAGCAUUUUUUGAAUGUUUAUUUUAACUAGUAAAUGAAUGUUUAAUAAUGAUAAUACUUUAUAAUAUUAUUAAGUUUUAAUGUUCGUUGUAAUGAUUGGUGGAUUUGCUUUAGUGAAAAUUAAAUUUAGCACUGGCAAGAACAACAUACGGAAUCUACAUUAGUUAUUAUUUGACAUACAUUUUUUAUUUAAAUUUCAGUUAACAAAUUUAAAUCCAUUUUAUAUUUGGAAUGUCCAAAACACAAGUCGUUUAAAGAUUGGAAAAAUAUUGAUAAAGAUUUUUUUAUUUAUUUCUAAGAAAUCAUUUUUUAUUAUUAUUUCAUCUAUUUAAAUAAUUGUUUUGCAUUUACUCUUAAAAUAGCUGUUAUAGUUAACUGCGUACUAAAUUUAAAAGUUCCAAAUUGUCAUCAAACCUUGAUUUUGGUUAUUAAUUUGAGGCUAAUCUGGCAACAUCAGUGUCUGGUGUUACCAUUCGAAUGUAAUUUGUUAAAAUCAUAAUAUGUUAAAUUAUGUUUUGUUUGUUAUUACUAGAUUUAGAUUGCUUUAAGUUUCACUCGGUAAUAAAAAAAAUAUUUGAAAACAAUGACUUCCACAAAGUAAAUUGUAAACCUCAAAAGUUUGUAAGAAACGUUUUUUGGGAAUAUUAGCAUGUCUACAAAUUAGUCUUGCGAUUUGUAUCACCAUUUUGUAAUAUUUUCUACAUGUUUAUCUAAAUGUUUGUCUCUAUGUAUCGUCACAAAGUAAAUUAUAUAAUC